AUGAGUUCGAAUGAUAAACUAGAGGAACUAGCUCAUCCAACAUACUGGGAUGAGCGGUAUGUCUCGCCGACGGAGGAUAGCUAUGAGUGGUUCAAGAAUUAUGAUCAAAUCCGAGAAUUUGUCGAGAAACGUAUACCGGAAAAAAGCUCGAGUAUAAUAAAUCUUGGAUGCGGGAAUAGUUUGAUGUCACCCACAAUGCACGAGGAGGGAUACUGCAAUAUUGCCAAUAUUGAUUUUUCAAAAAUCAUUAUAGAGAAGAUGUCCGAAAAGUAUCCUGAACAGACAUGGAAGGUUGCCGACGUGCGAGAGACUGGUUACCCUGACGGCCAUUUUGAUAUCGCAAUAGACAAGGGCACUCUUGACGCAAUGCUUUCAGGGUCACUAUGGAACCCCCCUGAUCAUGUUAAGGAAAGAACGACGGCGUAUAUAGACGAGAUCAUUCGAAUUCUGAAGCCAGCUGGUAAGCUUUUGUAUAUAACAUAUCGCCAACCUCACUUUAUCAAGCCAAUAGUGGUUCGAGAGGAUGUGUGGGAUCUGAAUAUUGAGAAGCUCACUGAAGGAGGGGGGAUGUUUGAGUAUUUUGCUUAUGUUCUGACAAUGAAGUCGGGUUAG